AGCAGCUAGUGGUUGCUAUUGCCAUGAAAGUCAGGGCAAAGCUUAGAGCCACUGAGAGAUAGUGAACGGACUGCACUGGGGAAUAUCUGCCCAGGGAAUACAAUAGGUUUUCAGCUCAUUAAGUUGGAUAAACAAAUGGCUUUCUGUAGGAGAUGCUGUGAGUCAUGGGCAUCAGCAGGCAAACACUGGAAAGAUCAAUAACUCCAGAGGGGCGGUGGAGGAGCAUUAAUGGGAUGCCAUGAAAUUCACUAGAAGACGCCAACUGCCUGCUUGAGUGCAAACGCUUGUCUGGCACUAAACUGAUGUGGAGGACCAGUGGUGUGUCAGAGACAUUGAGGAAGAUGGGUAACGCCAUGCGAGGCGUCAUUGCAUUCAUUCCCUCAGAGCGCUGUCAACGCUUCCUAGUAGGAGACCUGAAGGAGAUGCCUCUUGAUCGGACCCUAGACCUGAGCGGUCGGCAGUUGCGUCGGCUACCUGUUGCUGCCUGUGUCUUUGACGAGCUGGUGAAGCUCUACCUGAGUGACAACAACCUCAGCACUUUACCUGCUGAGCUGGAGGGCCUAAGGAAGCUGCAGCUGCUGGCCCUUGACUUUAACUGCUUUGAAGAGCUCCCAGCAGCUGUUUGCAGAUUGCCCCAGCUCAACAUCCUUUACCUGGGUAACAACAGGCUUUACCACCUCCCCAGAGAACUGCGAGAGCUCAAGGAACUUAGUACUCUGUGGCUGGAGACUAAUUGCUUCACUGUUUUCCCUAAGGUGGUUUGUGAGCUCUCUAAUCUCAAGACCCUGCACCUCGGUUAUAACCAGAUACGGAGUUUACCGAAAGAACUUAAACGGCUGGAAGAGCUAAGAAGUAUCUGGCUUGCUGGGAACCAGCUGGCAGAGUUCCCACCAGUGUUGCUGGAAAUGCACUUUCUAGCUGUCAUUGAUGUGGAUCGGAACAAAAUACGCCAAUUCCCAGGCCUGUCUCACAUGCAGGGGUUGAAACUUGUCAUUUAUGACCACAACCCCUGUGUUAACGCCCCAGCAGUAGGUGAGGGUGUCAGGAGAGUCGGACGCUGGGCAGAUAGCUCAGAUGAUGAGCAGGAAGAUGAUGGGUCAAAAGCAGCCAGUGAGACUACAGCUGAGGUCACGGAAGUACAACCUGAAGAGGAGCACAACAUUUAGGGGUCAAGGAGCAAAGUGACCUUGAGCCGUGGCGAGGCCUGCCAGCACAGGAUGACAUUCAAGUGGAACACUACGGCGGAAGGGUGUGCUGUACGUCAGGGUGUUGGUCUUUGGUCCAUAAAUGGUAAAACCAGUCAUAUGAGCUUUAAUAUAAGACACUAAGUAAAAAAUAGUCCAGAAAUGUGACCUGUGUAAAAAGGGACAUUUGAAUCUUGAAAUUAAAAUGUUUAAUAUGUUUGGUUUUAAUAUGUAUAAAAUGUCAGUGUCUUAUUUAAAUUUGUAAAACUCUGUAUGUACCUUCAAACGAUCAGUUGCAACAAUAGUGACUUUGUAAAUUGAUUUUAAUUUUCACCAUAUCAGAUUUCAGCAUUAGAGCAGUAAACAGUACUGUGUGUGUGUGUGUUUGUGGGACAGUAAUACAGAAUGAUAUUCAUACUUUUCCAUUAAAUUGACUAUGCAGUUAGUUGUUGCUGAGGCUAUUCUGGGGGUCAUCUAUGAAUUUGCUUAGUUCCAGAUAACCCUGAUGUCAACUAAAUUUAUUCUGCAAAUACCAAGAAAAAGAAGAGGAGAAAUUGUUCCAGCAGAGUCUGAGAUAAUACAUGUACCUGCUGAGGCUAAAUACAGUGAGGUUUUUAAUACAAGUGAUGGAUGGUUUAAGUCAAUUAGUGCACUUCUUAACCAGACCAAUGCAUAAUUCAUCUGAUAGAUUGGGGCUGUGGCUUUGAAUAAAGGCUGCUAAUGGGCCUUAAUAUCAUCGCAAUGGUUCUGAUUUGAAACAGAUCACAAAUGCAGCUUUCUAAUUCCUCAAUGUACCAGGAAAAUGUUCUGUAAACAAGAUUAUAUGUCAUUGUUAAAAAUAUCAUUUUGCAAAUUUUGAAUCCUUUUUAACAUUUUAAAUGAGAGAUGAGAAAAGGCUGCAUACCAGCCAUUUUACUGGGAAUAUUAUUUCUAAUCGCAUGCACAACUGUAUUUUCAUCUUUCAUUCAGCUUCCUAUUAAAGAUAACAACACUU